GAGACAUGUCACACUCUACGGGGUUUUCCCCAUGUUGGAGCCAAUGCCAAUGGAUGCAUGAAGGGUUUUCCUUUGAGUGUUGAGGACUAGUAUGUGAGAUUUCUUGGACAAUGAAGAAGCUAACGGAAGCUCUCCACACAGCAGUUCAGAAAGGUGACAUUUCAGAAGUUGAGAAGGUUUUAUCCAGUGCACCGAAUCCCAGCAUCGAUGAAGAUAAGCAUGCUAAGCAACUAUUCGAAAAAGAGCUUUGUGAGAAGUCAAAUCCACGUUCCGGAGAUCGCCCCAUCCACCUGGCAGCCAGACGUGGUCACGUCCGUAUCAUGAGGUGGUUGCACAAGAAGGGAGUGGACUUGGAGAGUGCUAACCUAGAUGGAAAGCGAUCUCUCCAUGAAGCGUCAGCCAUGGGCAAUGUGGAUUUUGUUGAUUUUCUGUUGGAGCAAGGAGUUCUGGUAGACCCUCUCAAGAGGGCUGAUUGGACCCCUCUUCAUCUUGCAUGCACUAAGCCUAACCUAGAUGUUGUAAGGUCACUGCUUCAAGCUGGGGCGAACCCAAAGCUCUGCAAUAAAGAUGGAUGGAAUGCAUUCCAUAUUGCCAGCAGGGAAGGGCAUGUUGAUAUUCUGAAUCUCCUACUCGACUCCUGUGGCGACUUGUGGAAUACUGUCAGCAAAAACGGCCGUACCCCUUUGCAUACAGCAGCCUUGCAUGGAUGUGUGGCAGCUGUAGAGCUAAUGAUGGACAGAUGCAGCUAUAAGACAGACGAUCAAGAUAGCUGUGGUUCAACACCUCUCAUGGAUUCCUUAAGAGCUGGUUAUGUAGAUGUUGCGGAGAUACUUAUUGAAAGACAUAAGGCUGAUGUGAAUAAUACUGAUGUUCUGGGUCGUCAACCAGUUCAUCUUGUAGCACAGGCAGGAAGCCUGAAAUCUCUGGAGUUUCUCGCUAAAAAACAUGGCAUCAGUUUGGAUACAACCACUGGCACUGGUGGACUCUCACCAAUGCACCUUGCCGCCAAAGAGGGUCAAGCAGAAAUAAUUGAAGCUUUGAUAUCUCUUGGAGCAGACAUUAAUAUUACUGAUAACAAGGGUAGAACAGCACUUCAUAUUGCAGCAGGCAGUCAGAAAGCUAGCUGUGUUCAUGUUCUGCUACAACACAAUGCAAAGAUGAUUAGCGAUCUGAGUGGAAAGCUUCCCAAGGAACUAGCCAGACAUGAGGAUGUGAUUCUUCUCUUCGAUGGUACAUGACAUCAUAUAGAACAAGUCCAGCUGGUUCCAUUCAUCAAUCAACUCAAAGCCACCACUAUGUGAGUGAAGAUGGAAAAUAACUUUGGAUUGAACACAACAUCCAGGACACGUUCAUUGCCUUCAUACAAGGUUGUGUUUCACUGGAGCCCAUUGAUCACUGUCAAGACACCAUCGCAGGACUAUGGAUUGAAUGACUUUUCACCCAGAGAUUUCUUUAAAAAGGGGAUGUUUUUUUUCUCUUUGGAUUCCUAAGAAAUUUAAAAAGGGGUUAUAAAAUAUUAAAAUGGGAGAGUUUUUUCUCUCUCUCUUUGGACUCCUGAGAAGUUUAAAAAGGGGAUUAUAAAUAUCUUGAAUAUCAUAGAUAGGGAGGUACAUUGAGCAGUGUUCUGGAUUUAGGGGGUCUCCAUGGCAGGAAAAGCCUGCGAAAGGGGGGAGGGGGUAGAAUUGUUGGCAGUACUGAGAUAGGGGGUGGUUUCAAAUGAAGGGAACAACCAUACGCGUACCCUAAAUGACACUUGAGUGGGGGGCGGGGCUUUUUCAUGCUUAAUCAUGUUCAGCACAUUAAGGGCUCCAAAAUGUUGGAAUAUCUUUCCAGGCUCAUUAGGUUAAGACAACUGGUGUCUCUGUUGUUGAGAUCAUUUAAAAAGGAAAGAUUAUAUCCUCAGUGCUCCAUCACUAUCCUCAUAGAACUUGUCUUUCUUUUUCGCUUGUUACCUUUCUGUGAGUUAACAAAAUUAACAAAAAGGACAUUAGCGUUUGUAUGAAAUUAGAAUUUAUUGUAUGAAAAUGUAGACACAUAUUUUUUACUAGUUAGCAUAAGUAGUAAUUUAUACAUGUAUCAGACAGUAUGAAAAGUACAAACAAAAAAGUAUUAAAGUACAUUACAUGUAUUUCUAGAAACAGACACAGUAUUAAAGCAAUGUUGAAAUGAUACAUAAAAACUUCCCAUUCUAAAAAAGCAAAAA